AUGGGCGAAUCUCUCUUUUCGCGCUCUUACUUCGAUGCGGUGUAUAUUCCCGCGGGUCUCAUUGUGUUCGGCACAUGGAUCAUGAAGAAGGAGUUUGUCCCUUAUGCCGCCGCUAUUGCUGUAGCUCUCGCCGGCUUCAAGUUCUACGGUCUCCAGCCCAAGAAGGUUCUCAUUCCCGACACGUUCCAGGAGUUUGAGCUCAGCGAGAAGACCAUCAUCUCCCACAAUGUCGCCAUUUACCGAUUCAAGCUGCCCUCGCCCACCUCCAUCCUCGGCCUCCCCAUCGGCCAGCACAUUUCCAUUGGCGCCACCAUCUCCAAGGAUGACGGCACCAGCCAGGAGGUUGUCCGCUCCUAUACCCCCAUCUCGGGUGAUGAUCAGCCCGGCCACUUCGACUUGCUCGUCAAGUCGUAUCCCACUGGCAACAUCUCCAAGAACUUGGCCGGCCUCGCCAUUGGCCAGACCAUCCGCGUUCGUGGUCCCAAGGGUGCUUUCGUUUAUACCCCCAACAUGGUUGUCAAGGCCAUCAUCCGCGGACGUGCCGCAGGUGACAAGACCGAAGUCGAUCUCAUCUUCGCCAACGUUACCGAGCAGGACAUCCUUCUUAGGGAGGACCUCGACGCGCUCACUAAGGAAGACGCCGGUAUCCGGGUCCACUACAAAUACCUCCCCAAGCCCGCUGAAGACGUCAAGAUUCUUCUCUGCGGCCCGCCUCCCAUGGUGAGCGGUCUUAAGAAGGCCACCGAGGCCCUUGGCUACAAGAAAGCCAGGCCUGUGAGCAAGCUUGAGGACCAGGUAUUUGCUUUCUAA